GGCUGUAAGAAAUAAUAUUGGAUUAGUUUUUUAAGUAGUCGUACAUGUAAAUCUGAAUAAAGAUGAGGAAAAGAACCGUAAUAAUAAUAUCGGUGGUAGCUGCUAUAGUGGUAGCUGUAGGGUUAAGUGCUCUGAUAUGGUGGCUGGUGACACGCGAUGAUGGAGCAAUCACGAUCAUCGAUUUGGAAGGAGAAGGAUUUGAGGGUGUUUCACAAUACGCAGGUUUCACAGAAAUAUCAGGAACGGGAAACGUGUUUUGGUUGUUUUAUCCAACAAUCACAUUCUCACCAACAAAUAGACCUAUAAUUUUAUUUCUGGACGGAGUCAUAGGUAUUCCGCCGAGUCUUUGGGCAAAUUUUGGAAUGUUUGGACCUCUUGAUAUCAAUCUAAAUAUUAGGGAAGAUUCUUGGGUUAAUUCAUUCAACUUGUUAUUUGUGGAUGCACCCAUGGGCACAGGAUUUAGUAAUGUUCAACGUGAAAGCAGAAUACCCAGAACACUUGAUGGACAUGCCGAUCUUCUGGUGUCCAAUUUGGAGUCAUUUUAUUCUCGUCACAGAACUUACACGCACGCUCCUUUAUACAUCAUGGGUGAAGGCCAUGGAGCACAGCUGGCUCUGGCACUGGCUGUGAAGCUAACGGACACUAAUUUCAAUCAUAAUUUACAAGGUGUUAUUAUUGGUAACGGCAUAGUAUCACCAGCUGUAGCGCUUACUAAACUGGGAUUCUACCUUGAAGAACUGGCAUACAUCGAUGGCAAAGGCCGCGAAAUUAUCGAAAACUUUUCAAGCGAAACAAACACGAUGAUAUACAACGAAAACUAUGGAGAUGCAUUUGAUCACUUCUUGACUUUGGGUGAUAUCGUCAAUGACAACGCUGGUGCCAUCGCUGUCAACAUAGGUUAUAUCGUCGAAAAGUUGACCAAAGAACCAUCUACAAAUUCAAAUAAUUUCGGCAUGAAUAGUUACAUGCAACGUGCUUUGCGAUCCAAGUCUGAACUAUUUCAAUUUAUGGAAGAGACAGUGGCUCCAGCCUUGGGAAUCUCCGACGUGGAGUACGACAGCUCCAGGGGGGCCGCAUUGAACGCUUUCAGGGAUAUAUUAAUGGUGCCUUCUGUAGACAAAGUGGAAUAUUUACUAGAAAAUACGAACGUCUCAGUAUCGAUAUACAAUGGUAAUUUAGAUGCAGUAUCAAAUACUCCUGGUCAACUGGAAUGGAUAAAUAAUCUGGAAUGGAGUGGACAAAAUCAGUUCAUUAACAGUACCCGACAAACUCUUGUCGUCGAUAGAGUCGUGCAAGGAUAUUUUAAAGAAACAGCAAAGUUGAAAUUCUAUUGGAUCAAUGUGGCUGGGGUUUCAGUUCCAUUGGAUAGUCCACGUGCUAUGAGACGAGUUUUGGAACGAAUAACUGGCACGAACUAGUCAACUAUGCUAAUCCACAAUUAUUUAAUUUACUUUAAAAUAAAUAUAGUACAUACAUAACUAAUAUACGAAAGUUAGUAGGUAUAUAAAAUUUGAUUCUAUUAAAAACCCUAUGUAUAAACCCUAUCUAUGCAUGGAAUUAAUGGGUACUACGACGGAUUCGGUAUACAUUGCUGGUUUCUCAUUGCGGGAAAUAAAAGCACUCAUACUAACUACGCAAUGGAGCAAUCGCGUCGGUAUGUGUUCAGCGACAGUGUGGAGCUGGCAUACGGUACGGCUAAACCCCGAAGUGCGGCUAAUACAACUAGGUUUAGCGGGCUUAAUCUAGAUGCAGUUCUUUAUUGGGUAUCACAAAUAUUUUAACAAUAGGGCAUAUUACGCAAAGCUCAGCGCAGAUGGCGCUACUGGUACAACUAAGGUACACAAACAUUACCAAUGGAGGCAGAAAUGUUCGAUAUUGUUGCAGGUUUACGACAAAAAUACCUUCUACGCAAUCGUGGUGCGAGUUUAAACGAAAAAGGAAGAAUUUAGUGGAUUAUCCAUAAAAUAAUAACACUAUUUUAGGUUAUGUUCUGCAUUAUUUGGUCAACUGUGGUUAUAAAUUGAUAUAAACUUGA